GGGAGGAGGAGGGAGGAGGCAGAGGAGGAGCAGGGGGAGGGCUGUCAAAUUCGGGAGCCAGAUUCUUCUCCCUUCCCCUGGCAAUCCCUUCCGCUUCCCCGGCUCCUGGCGUGACAUCUGCAGACCCGGGACCUGUAUGUGUGUGUUCGCGAAGGAGCGGAAGAAUGGCAGUGCUCAAACUCACUGAUCAGCCACCUCUCGUCCAAGCAAUCUUCAGUGGUGAUCCAGAGGAGAUACGGAUGCUCAUACACAAAACUGAAGAUGUGAAUGCCCUGGAUUCUGAGAAACGAACCCCUCUUCAUGUGGCCGCAUUUCUGGGAGAUGCAGAGAUCAUUGAACUCCUGAUUCUGUCAGGAGCUCGUGUGAAUGCCAAGGACAACAUGUGGCUGACUCCACUGCACCGGGCAGUUGCUUCCAGAAGUGAAGAAGCAGUGCAAGUACUGAUUAAGCACUCGGCUGAUGUCAAUGCAAGGGACAAGAACUGGCAAACUCCCCUACAUGUGGCAGCAGCCAAUAAAGCUGUCAAGUGUGCAGAAGUGAUCAUUCCCCUGCUGAGCAGCGUCAAUGUCUCUGACAGAGGCGGGCGCACAGCUUUGCACCAUGCGGCUCUGAAUGGACACGUGGAGAUGGUCAAUUUGCUCUUGGCCAAAGGGGCAAACAUCAAUGCAUUUGACAAGAAGGACCGGCGUGCCCUGCACUGGGCAGCAUAUAUGGGCCACCUGGACGUUGUGGCAUUGCUCAUUAACCAUGGUGCAGAAGUGACUUGUAAGGAUAAGAAGGGAUACACCCCACUGCAUGCUGCAGCCUCCAAUGGACAGAUCAAUGUUGUCAAACAUCUCCUGAAUCUGGGGGUAGAGAUUGAUGAAAUCAAUGUCUAUGGAAAUACAGCACUUCAUAUCGCCUGCUACAAUGGACAGGAUGCUGUAGUUAGUGAGCUGAUUGACUAUGGUGCUAAUGUGAACCAGCCGAACAACAACGGGUUCACCCCUUUGCAUUUUGCUGCUGCCUCCACUCAUGGUGCUUUGUGCCUGGAAUUGUUGGUAAACAAUGGGGCAGAUGUGAACAUUCAGAGUAAAGAUGGCAAAAGUCCACUGCACAUGACAGCUGUCCAUGGAAGGUUCACCAGGUCACAAACCCUCAUUCAGAAUGGAGGUGAAAUUGACUGUGUGGAUAAGGAUGGCAACACUCCUCUCCAUGUGGCUGCAAGAUACGGUCAUGAGCUUUUGAUCAACACCUUAAUAACCAGCGGAGCUGACACUGCCAAGUGUGGAAUCCAUAGCAUGUUUCCCUUACAUUUAGCAGCCCUAAAUGCUCAUUCUGACUGCUGCAGAAAAUUGUUAUCAUCGGGCUUUGAAAUAGACACCCCAGAUAAAUUUGGAAGAACGUGCCUUCAUGCUGCUGCUGCAGGAGGUAAUGUGGAGUGUAUAAAACUCUUGCAGAGCAGUGGAGCAGAUUUCCAUAAAAAGGACAAGAGUGGGAGGACCCCUUUGCACUAUGCAGCUGCAAAUUGUCAUUUCCACUGUAUUGAGACAUUAGUGACCACAGGAGCCAACGUUAAUGAAACAGAUGACUGGGGCCGGACAGCUCUGCACUAUGCUGCUGCAUCAGACAUGGAUAGAAAAAGUAAGACCGUCCUGGGAAAUGCCCAUGAAAAUUCUGAAGAACUUGAAAGAGCCAGGGAGCUGAAGGAGAAGGAAGCCGCAUUAUGUCUAGAGUUUCUGCUUCAAAAUGAUGCAAAUCCAUCUAUCCGGGACAAGGAAGGCUACAAUAGCAUACAUUAUGCUGCUGCCUAUGGCCACAGACAAUGUCUGGAAUUGCUUUUGGAAAGAACCAACAAUGGUUUUGAAGAAUCAGAUUCCGGUGCUACCAAGAGUCCACUCCAUUUAGCUGCCUACAAUGGGCACCAUCAAGCCUUGGAGGUCCUUCUGCAGUCACUGGUGGACCUGGACAUCAGGGAUGAGAAAGGCCGCACGGCUCUGGAUCUGGCCGCCUUUAAGGGACACACAGAAUGUGUGGAAGCACUUGUCAAUCAGGGUGCAUCCAUCUUUGUGAAAGACAAUGUAACCAAAAGAACGCCGCUUCACGCCUCAGUCAUUAAUGGUCACACCCUGUGUUUGCGGCUAUUAUUAGAAAUUGCGGACAACCCAGAAGUGGUUGACGUGAAAGAUGCCAAAGGACAAACCCCACUGAUGCUUGCGGUGGCAUAUGGACAUAUUGAUGCUGUGUCAUUGUUACUUGAAAAGGAAGCAAAUGUGGAUGCUGUUGACAUCAUGGGAUGCACAGCUUUACACAGAGGGAUUAUGACGGGACACGAGGAAUGUGUGCAGAUGCUGCUGGAACAAGAAGUGUCAAUCCUCUGUAAAGAUUCCAGAGGGAGGACACCCUUGCACUAUGCAGCUGCUAGGGGCCAUGCCACGUGGCUGAGUGAGCUGCUCCAGAUGACUCCUUCUGAGGAGGACUGUUGUUUCAAAGACAACCAGGGCUACACACCGCUGCACUGGGCUUGUUACAAUGGUAAUGAAAACUGUAUAGAGGUACUUUUGGAGCAAAAGUGUUUUCGCAAAUUUAUUGGUAAUCCUUUUACUCCGCUACACUGUGCAAUAAUAAAUGAUCAUGAGAAUUGUGCAUCCUUGCUACUUGGGGCCAUGGAUUCCAGUAUUGUCAGUUGUAGAGAUGACAAAGGCAGGACACCCCUUCAUGCAGCAGCGUUUGCUGAUCAUGUGGAGUGCUUGCAACUUCUUUUGAGGCACAAUGCUCAAGUGAACGCAGUAGACAAUUCAGGGAGAACACCACUGAUGAUGGCUGCUGAGAAUGGGCAGGCAGGCGCUGUGGAUAUUUUGGUGAACAGUGCCCUAGCCGAUCUGACCAUAAAGGAUAAGGACUUGAAUACACCCUUACAUUUGGCUAGUAGUAAAGGUCAUGAAAAAUGUGCCUUGUUAAUACUUGACAAGAUACAAGAUGAGAGCCUUAUUAAUGCGAAAAAUAAUGCACUGCAGACACCCCUCCAUGUUGCAGCACGCAAUGGCUUAAAGGUGGUAGUUGAAGAACUGCUGGCCAAAGGAGCCUGUGUCCUUGCUGUAGAUGAAAAUGGUCAUACCCCGGCCCUGGCUUGUGCUCCUAACAAAGACGUGGCUGACUGCCUGGCCCUCAUUUUGGCUACCAUGAUGCCUUUUUCUCCUUCCAGUACAAUGACGGCUGUCAACUUCGUUUGUUUUAAAAAAGACAAUUUGAGCAGGACGACCCUCUCCAAUCUGGGUAGCAUGGUUAGCCUGUGCAGUAACAACGUAGGCUCGGAGGACGGGUACAAUGAAAACGAUUCUGAUUCCGAAACCUUUUGACUUUGGACUAUAGAAGCUUUUCCUUCAUCACCCAUGUUGGAGGAAGGGAAAGAAGCUUGAAUUCCAUGUUUAUGCUGUGCUCAAGUAUUAUUUGGGGCCUGAGCUUCCAGAAGCCAGUAGAGAAGGAGUUAAUCCAAUCAAGGGAGGGCAGCUAGGCUGUAGGGUGAAACACUCACAAAGAUGGGCCCCGAGUUUGUUUCGUUUCAUGUUUUCCUUAGAUCUAAGAUACUUCUGUGAAAGUCUACCUCUCAUUUUAAGUAAGGAAUAAAAAAAAGUAUUUGAUUCUAUUUCUUUGGGGAUAAUGCAACAGAGAGGCAACUGUUCACUAUAAAGAAUUUUUUUGUGUGUGUAUUCAGCAGUGAGUUUUCAGAAGUAUAUCAAUGUGACAUUCAUGUCCCCUGGGAGGGGAGGGAAGAAGUAGUUAGGAAAUGCCUCAAACCUCUUCUCACUCUGAUGUUUACUUCCUCACUAGAAGCCAAAGGUAAAGAUGUUCAUCUUCAGAAAUAAUGCCUAUAAUCGUCUUUUUAAGGGAGUUCAACUAUUCCUAUCCUCUCUGUAGUAAGCACUUAAAUAUCCAGAACUUCUUUCUGAAGAUCUUUGUUAAAGUUGCCAGAUGAAAGGAAAGAAUGAACUUGCUUUUUUCGUUUAACACAAGUAUGGCACCCAAUGCUCCCCAUAACAUGACUAAUUUUCUCUCAAGUGAUUGAACCCCAAUCUAUCUAGUAAAAUUGCAGAUGAAAAUUAUAUUGCACCAAAACUUUAAGACAAUGUGCAAAUUUAAUAUUAAAUUAUCCUUUGUUAAUUUGUCCUUAAAUCAAAAUACUAACUUUUUAAAAACAUCUGAGUCAUCAGCAUUGUUCAUCAAUAGUAAAAUGUUAAAUGAGCUUCUCAGUCAAGGUCAUGCCAAGUGAGUGAAAGUUUGACUGCAAAAGGGAACCAAGAAAGUGAAAGCAGAAAGUAGAAAUGGGUGAUAUGGAAAUUAAAGCCAAUUGCCAGUUGCUUGAUGAUGAAAUCAACGUAGUGAAUACUGUGUCUACUCCCUCUGCCAAAGCUUCUAGGUCAAAUGGACCCCGUUCCGCACCUGGAACAGCUGUACAAAAAGAAGAAUGAGACUUUUUUAAAAUUAUGCACACACACACACACACACACACACACACACACAUACAUCUGUGUAUAUAUAUGUAUGUAGCUCAUCAGCAAGCUAUACAUGAGGACCAAAAUGCUUCAGUCUAAAGUGGAAGAUUUAAAUUUUUUUCCUUCAAAAUGCAAGUGAGAACUGUAGUAGCUUUUCUAUGGAGUUAAAGUGUAAUCUUUUUGUGUACCAGUCUUUGUUGUAUUUUAUAUUUCUUAUGACACAGAUUUCUAGUUGAUGGCUUAACAUUUGUAACUGAUGAUGUGUUGACCAUAGUUUAUUUUUUUGCCAAACUAGAGAAAAAUGUCUGUCUACUUUUGAUGUAAAUGUGUUUAUAUUUAUUUGAAUGAAACAAAUGCUGAGGAAACA